UCUCUCUCUCUCUCUCUCUCAUCGAUUAGAGAUCAAAACCUGAAAAACAGUUUGAAAUGGAACCAAGUUUUGAACUAUAAUUAUCAGAUAUCUUUCAUCUUUCUAUCUUCGAUUGUCAACAUAUUUCAUCUACAUGGGAAAACUUUUAGGCUUCUCUAUGACGCUCCUGAUGAGCCUAACUUUCCAUGUAAUCCUCACCCUCUUCGGAAGCUUUCGAAAGCGUUGUUCAAAGAAAUGGUUCACCUUCCUGCUUUGGUCUACUUAUCAGUUUGCCGAUAUUGCAGCCACCAUCGGCCUUGGCUUUUUAAUCAAAUUAUCUGAUCGGACAGCUUACGACAACAACACCUACGUCGACCCAACUUGGUCUUCUUUCCUUUUAUUGCAUCUUGGAGGUCCUGACAGUAUCACGGCCAUUUCUUUAGUAGACAAUGAGUUGUGCUUUAGACACUCCCUUCAGCUUUUAUACCGAGUUGGGGUCUCUGUCUACAUCUAUAUUAAAGCAUUCUACCCUAUUUUCGAAGAAUCUCUCGGAGACCUUUGGCAGUUAACCAAUUCGUUGGCACCUUCAAUGUUGAUGUUGUUAGCUGGAAUCUCAAAGUAUGGGGAGAGGACAUGGGCUCUUCACAAGGCAAACAUGGCUACUAUUAGAGAUUCCAUGCUUCCUCCUCCUAAGCUAGGGCCAAGGCCAUCAAUCACUAAUGAUGAUGAUGUGGGUGAUGCCCAGUCGUCCAUUCGCAUGGAUGUGGAUGAAUAUGCUUCCGGGAUGGUGGUGCCAGCAGUACCAGUACCAGCACCACCACCAGCAACGAAGCCGGAGCCGGCACCGGCACCCGCGCCAACAACAUUAUCAGAAAACCAACUGGAUUCUGAUUCAGAGGAAGCGAUAUUGUUGCAAGGCCACCAUUACUUUUGCAGCUUCAGGUGCCUCUUUGUAGAUCUCAUUGUCCCCGGCUCUUGUAUUACUGAUACCCAAAUAACAUUAUUCUUACGAUAUUCCUAUGAAGUUGCUUUCCAACUAAUUGACUUGGAGCUCAGGUUCAUGUACGAUACACUCUUCACCAAAACCCCUGUGAUUCGAACUUACCUAGCAUGCGGUUUACGAAUCCUUAGAAUUUCUGUCCUCCUCUUUUACUUAAUAGUGACUAUUGUCGGCAAGUGGGUUGCUGAUUCAGUAGUUGACAUCAUAUCCUUUAAUUUGGUUUGUUGGGCUCUUGUUCAAGAGAUGUUCGAAGUCUUUCAAAUGCUUUUAUCAGAAUGGACUGUUGUGUGGAUGAAUAAUCAUCACAACCUCAAGUGGCUUUCAAGAAUAAUCUUAAAACUCAUCCUCUCAUGUAGAUUGUUUGUUUCUAAAAUCAACAUUACCAACAUAUGUGGAGUGAAAGGAGUAGCUUCUGAGACAGCAACAAGAUGGUGGUACAACAACAGCAUGGCUCAAUAUAAUCUAUUGAGCUUUUGCUUCAAAGAUGAGCCAAUUAUAAUGUUCAAAGGACUCCUACAUCUCUCUUCUUGGGGGAAAUCAAUUCAUGAGUGGAUAGAAAACAGAAGGAAUGUAAGUUACAUAUGUGUUCCCAAUGACAGUAAAGAUUUCAUCUACCAGCAAUUUAAAGAAAAGGUUCAAAGCUUAAGUGAAAAAAUCAGCAGUGCAGAAUUCCGCAAUCCCAGAGGCAGAUGGGUAAUGAAAAUGAACAAUUGUCUAGAAGAACUUGGUUGGAGUGUUGAUGUUGGAUUUGAUCAAAGCAUUUUUAUCUGGCUUGUUGCCACAGAUCUCUGUUAUUAUGAUGAAGACCGUGAUUCAAAUGAAUGCAGAGAAGUUGCGACUCAAGUUCAAGUGAGCAAGACUUUAUCUAAUUAUCUGUUAUAUCUUCUACUCAUUCUCCCUUUUAUGAUGAACAGUAAGAAUAUUGGGAAGGUUAUGUUUCAAGACACUUGUGUCACAAUUAAAAAGUUGUUUGAUGUGCCUGAGAAUCAAAUACAGGAGAAGAUUUCAUCACUGGAUGAAAAACAAGCACAAGCUUCUAUUAAGAAGUUCCUUAGUUUGGAUGCCCAAAUUCUAAUAAGAGAUGAUGAAGCAAAUGAAAGCAAAUCUGUGUUACUUGAAGCACAUAAGCUUGCCAAAUUGCUGCAAUUGUAUGAAAAGGAAGAAAGAUGGAAGAUCAUAAGUGGUGUGUGGGUGGAGAUGCUGUCAUAUGCUGCUAGCAAUUGUAGUGGUAAGCACCAUGCCCAGCGACUUUGUGAUGGUGGAGAGUUCCUUACCAAAAUAUGGCUUUUGAUGGCUCAUCUUGGUAUGACACAGUAGUGCUACACACCAAUGGUCAUGCCACAGACUAUAUUGUAGAAGAGAGAGGAAAAGCACAAGAAUCCAAAGCAAUGACAGUAUAUCAAGGUUGCAAAAAACCAAGGGAUUUAGGCACAACGACUGUAAUCGUUUGGAUUGAAUGCCAAAAUCUGAUUAUAUGGCUUUUAGGAAGAAAAUGGGAAUUAACCAUGGAAUAUAUGUACUCUCCUUUUGGAGAUUAGCUCUACCAUAGUUGUCAAGGCGUCGCAUAGGCGACGACUAGGCGUCCAGGUUGUUUGCCUGGGUCCUAGGCGACAGUCACC